AUGAAACGCAACGCUCCCGAAACGGUGGACUCAAGGUCCUCAAAGCGGCUCAAGGCAGGCUCCAGUAAAGAGGACGACGACGCCAACUUCCAACCCCUGCUCGCGCGAUGUCCCAGGGAUCUGGUGACAUUAGCCGCCCAAGGCAAAAAGUUACCAAAGCCUCCAGGUCAUCUUCGAGGCACCAUAGUUCGAAAGCUGAACACGACCGUGCCAAAGGAUAGACUCUUCCUCAUAAAGGUCCCUGUCUUGACCACCAAGACGAGACAGCAGCUGCAAUUCGAAGUGUUGUUCCGAAGCCGUGUGCAAGGCGAUCUUGACUCGCUCAAUUCUCUCAAGGCGGGGGACGAGGUUCUCCUCUCGCUCAAGGGCGCGUCGGCGCCAGCGGCUGCACAGGCACACUCAGAGCCCUUCCGACUCACUUAUCACACCGGAUUCCAUCUCAAAUGGAAGGGCCGAGAAUUUAACACAUGGAAUGGUACGGUGAAGCAAUCCUCGUCCAGCCCAGUUAAGGAACCAGAGGAGCACUCCCCGCAGUUGACGAAGAGGCAACAACGACUGUUGCGACGGCAGCAAAAGGAAGAUAACGACCCCUCGGAAGGGCCGUGCGCAACAAAGGAUGGACCCGGCCGACAGGAAACCCCAGUAAAGGAGGAAAUGCACAGUCAACCUAUCCCGCCACCUCGAUCUCCAGGACCCCCAGCGCCGAGCGAGGCGCAGCAGCGUCCUGUUGACCAUCUUGAAAGUAACACCGAGACCAUGGCACUUUUGAAGUCAUUGGGCUAUACUACUCUGAAAAAAGCCGUUGCUAAAUCGGCUGUGAGCUAUGGUGACCUGAUAGGUGUGGUCGUCGGAUGCAGAGAACUUCGUCAGUCAUCGCGUGGAGAUGGAGACUGGAAUAGGCAGAUACGGAUAGUUGAUCCGUCAAUGGUGGACGAGGACGACAUCUUGUCUAUCAAAGGCUUCGGGGUGAUCUUGUUCGCAAACCAGAAAGAAUUCCUUCCCGACCCCAUCGUCGGCGACGUGCUUGUCCUUCAUCAUAUCAGACUAUCGAACAACCAUUUGCCAGCCGUUGGCAACAGGAGCGGUGGCUUCCGCUGGGCUCUUUACUCUGGAAACGGUUUUCACCAUGGAGUAAACAGUGUGACUGUGCUUACAGAAGGUGCUUCCACGCCCAUGUUCCACCCCCCACAGAGUCACGUCGCCGCCGCCGCUGCACUGAAAGAGUGGUGGGCUGGAGUCGAAUCCAAGCAGAACGAUGAACUAGAUAAAUCGAGGGUUUCCGAUCCAAGCAUCUCAGUGCAACUCGGAAGGCCAAUGCGGCAGCAUCGAUUGAUCAGCGAAGUAACUCCAGAAACAGAGCCAGACGGCUACUUUGACUGCACAGUCGAGGUCCUUCAUCACUUCAAGAAUGAUAACGGUAUCCUGACGCUUCACGUCACCGACUAUACUCGAAAUCCACGAACACACGCCUCACAGGCGGACUGGUGCCCCAACGGGCUAUCGGAAUACGUUUUGAAAAUCGAAGUUUGGGAUGACGAGGGCACUGCCACAUGGGCGGAAAAGGCCCGCUUAGAGGGAAAGCUCUCUUACUGCAAACUCUCCAACGUGAAAAUGAGGCUCAGUGCAGGCAACUACUUUGAAGGAAAGCUGAGAGAGCGCAAGAUCAUUGCAUUCGAUGAAGAUUCUCACGACAGCCGUCUCAAGGCGCUACUCAGUCGAAAGGCAGAAUUCAACAAGGUCCAUCGUGAGGCGGAAACCGAGUACGAGGAUCGAUUGCUCAGCGAUGCUAUUCCAGAACAGUUCUUUAACUGCGUUGUGGAGGUUCUCCAUGUAGAGAUUCCUGACACCAGUAAGACAGUGUUUGUCUACGUGACAGAUUAUACUCGGCGCCUGGACCUAGACCUGUCCAACGACGAAUGGGCCAAAAACCUCAAGGGCAUGGUUGUGAUGGUCAAACUUCAAGACCAACAAGCAGAUAGAGCACGGUUGAAGAUUGCGGAGCUGUUUGGUGGCAUCGACCGUCACAGUUUGAUAGGCGGGGGUAUCAAUUUGGAAUUCGAGCGGCGGGUAAAUAUCUUGACCACUCCCCAGGACGACCUAUUUCAUGCCCUGGUCUUAGUCGCCUGGAAGGACGACAACGAGGCCCUGAUGCUUGCCCUAGAGAAUGUCAAAUGUUGA